AACUUUUGACAUAGACAACUAGACGAAUCUAAUAUAUAUUUUGGUCAGUUACAGAGCAUAAAUGUAUUUUCAGACACUGCAGCUCACACGCUGCAGACAAAUGUGAUUCCUCAUAGUAUAUGUUAUAGAACAAUAUGCUGUGUGUGUCACAUGACUGCUGUGCCCCUGCAACGUAAUUUACAAUAUGGCAGCUUACAUAGAAGAAUCAAGCACCGGAUCAACCAAGUUCAAAACAGUUUGGGGUAAGAGGAACAGAUAAAAUAGACAACGGUUGGAAUGCCUAGCUGUAGCAGUGCUAUGUUCCUCAUCUUCCCGAUUCUCUUAAUAUCUAUUGUUUUUAAAGGUGAUGCUGAGGAGUGUGAAUUCUAUUGUAUACAAUUAAAUCAAGACAAAGGUUUGAAUUGUACCUGGAAGGGGAACACAAAUACACAACCAAUUGUGCAACUGCAACGUCUAAACUUAUCCAGUCAUCCAGACCCAACCUCUCGCCUGCGGUUUCAAGCUCAACCAGAAAAGAAUUGGCUAUUGAUUCCCAGAUACAAUCUGACAAAAUAUUACCAGUAUGAGCUGCAGCUGGAGGCAGACGGAAAAGUGCAUAUCUUGACGCUAAAGUACCCCCAGGAUGAGGAAACUGGGCUCCUGGAACCCCCUGUCCUCAAAACGUCAGUAAACUUCUCAAGGGAAGACACUUUGGUGGUACAGGUAUUCUGGUCACAUUCUGCUGUUUCUUCUUCGCAAUUACAACUGGAACUCAGGUAUCAAAGAAAAGGAUCCAGCAACUGGAAUAUACAAUUACUGAAACCUGGCUAUCUUCUUCUGACACUGCUUCCAUUGCUGCUCUCACACACGGUGGUUUCCACUUUAACCACACACCUAGGCCAGGUAGAUCAGUCUGAUAUAGAACAUACUGUUUGUGAACUGUUAGAACUAGAACCUUACACAGAGUAUGAAGUCCAGAUUCGAUAUUUACCAGAACAGACUGGAGACAAAAAAGGGAGUCGCUGGAGUGACGCAAUCUUCUUCACAACACCUGAAGAAGCACCCUGGGGUACACUUGAUGUGUGGAGAAGUGUUGAAAAUGGAUCAUUUCUGUUUAUUUAUUGGAAGCCCUUGGAUCCACACUUUGCUAGAGGACAUAUCCGACAUUACCAGGUGAAAUAUCUUGACAUGAACCAGAACAAUACUGAGUCUGAAAACAGGCAGUGUUGUGAUAUUCGGCUGCCUGCCAACUCCAAGGACGUGUGUCUCAGAGCUGAGAACUCAGAGGGACUUGGACCAAGCACCUGUGUGACACUGCAUUGCUCAUACCUACCUCUUCCUCUGGAUAUAAGGGCAUGGGGUAACAAUGCAGGAGGUAUCACUCUAUCAUUGACUGUACCCCUGCACUUUCAAACACCUUCCUCGUACCUUGUGGAGUGGACAGAAGUAACAAAAGAUGGAAACAGAGGGCUAAACUGGACAAGAAUCCCUCUACCUGAAGGUUUAUUAUACAGUCCAACGGAAAAUGAAGACCUGUUGAACAACAUAACAUUGCCAGGUGAAUUUACUCCGUAUGUCCUAUACCGCAUUUCAGUGUUUGCAUUGUACCUCAAUGACUGCUCAGGACCGGUCUCUUCUAUUGUUUACAGUCAGGAGGGAGUUCCCUCUGGUGCCCCUGACUUCACCAUUGACCUUGUUUCUACCACGGACCUAUUUAUCUCAUGGGAGGAGAUACCAGUUUGGCAGCACAGAGGAAUGAUUACUCAUUACACUGUUUACUUGAACAACACUGAAAACGUUUCAAGACACAUAGUGUCCGGCAGGAACCUAUCUCUCUCAGGACUUUCCCCAGGAACGGUAUAUAAUGUUUGGAUGACUGCAUCAACAUUUGUUGGAGAGGGACCCCCAGGAAAAGUGAAAACAUUUCAGACUGCAGAUUCCACCCUAUCUGCGGUCUUCUUAUUCAUUCUGUCUUUAAGUGGAAUACUGAUUUUCGCACUCCUGAACCCAUACAGCCUGAGGAUUUUGAAAAUGUCAGCCUGUCAAAAAAUUCCAAAACCUAAACUUGUUUCAUUUGAGAAAUAUGCUUUCAGCAAUGUGUAUCACCCUAAUGAGAUGUUUGCCAACCCAACCAUUACUCGUUUUGAAUUGGAAUCCAGGAUCCAGGAUGCAUCCCUGACCCAAGACCCAUCCACAACCUGUCUCAAUAAUCCCACUACAGCCUGCCUUCUUGACCCCUCUUCAGCAAGUCCCCUUGGCCCCAAUUCAGUUUUAAGCCAAGACCCUGUCUCGGUGGGGAUCCUGGACCCCACUACAGAUUGGUUCCCGGAGACCUCCCCAACCUCUCUUGAUGACUCUUCUACAUCACAGGAGCUAUCCGCAGCCUAUUGCACUGAUAAUGACCCCAAUUUAGCCUUUAGCCAAGAUCCAACGACUAUGUGUCCCCAGGACGCCACCACAAAUUGGUUGCCAGAGACUUCUACAGAUUAUCACGAGGACUCCUGUACAGCCCAGAAGCAAUCUUCAGUCUGCAACAAAGUUGCUAGCUCAUUCAUAUCUGGUUAUGAGAAACACUUCAUGCCCACCCCUGAAGAAGUGAUGGGAUUUUGUUAAUUAUUGUAUUAACCCAGUGCAAUUACAGUGAUGACAAUAUUUCUUUUAAGUUGCUAGCUAUCUGCAGUAUGUAUAUUGGGAAUAUAUUUACAGGAGUAUAAGACAGGUAUAGAUAGGAACUGAAUAAAAUAGAUAUGUGCAAUAAAAAUAGUGGAUGGGUGUACAGCAAAAAGAAGGUACAUUCAAUGGAAAAUCAUGUAUUGAAUAAGUAAUGAGUAGGGAUGGGUGAAUGUAUUUAUUUUUUAAUACAAAUGUUAGAGCGAAUGUUAUUGUAGAAAUUCGAUUUACAUAAUCGAAUGUUGAUAAAAAAACGAAUAUCUUUAGAAAUUGUAUAAUUGAAUGCUAUUUACAGUUUUCGAAUGUCACUUUCGAAUUCGAAUGUUUAUAAUUAGAUCAAAAUUUUGAAUGUAACAUCGAUUUAACAAAUACUAUUCAGAAGUUAAGUAGUUCAUGUGGUAAGUAAUUUUGUAAAUUGAUGGAUAAUAGAUGCAAAUAUAAUAAAUUCAAAUGUUUCUAUUUCCAA